AUGGCAUCUCAUCCCCUCUCCUUUGUACCCGUCUUUAUACUCUGGGCUCUGGUCCUCGUGCGAGAAGCCAGCGCCCAGACAACCUGCUGGCGAGAUACGAAAUGUACCGGUGCCGAGACGUCGGCGUUCCCAGGCGAAUGGGAGUCGAAUAUAUUCGCUCCCCCGUCGCGAACCGUCGCCCCCAAAGCCGUUUUCCGGCUGGACACGGGGGAACGCAUUUCGGCCGAGUCGGCGUCGCUGACCAGCGCCCGCUCGGGCAUCUACUUCGACUUCGGGCUCGAAGUCGGCGGCGUGGUUACCAUACGGUACUCCGUCCUGUCGACCGCCGGCGAGGGCGCCGCCCUGGGCAUAGCAUUUGCCGAAGCCAAGGACUACGUCGGGCCGGUCUCGGACAAGAGCGCGGACAUAUCCGACCGGAAUGAUGGCGCGUUGUACGCGAACUUCUCCGCGGCUGGGGGGUAUACGUACGAAAUGCCAACCGAGCAGCUGCGUGGCGGGUUUCGGUAUAUGACAUUGUUCCUUGUUGGGGCCACGUCCUCCGUUACGGUCACCGGCGUCAGCUUGGAGAUCAGCUUCCAGCCGACUUGGUCGAAUCUGCGUGCCUACCAGGGGUAUUUCCAUAGCAGCGACGAUCUGCUCAAUAAGAUAUGGUAUAGCGGUGCUUAUACUCUGCAGACAAAUGCGCUCCAUCCCAAGACUGGACGAGCCUGGCCUCCGCCGGAGGGCCAGUGGCUGAACGACGGGGAUAUCGGCGUAGGCGACACUAUCAAUACGGACGGCGCAAAGCGUGACAGAACCGUCUGGCCCGGCGACAUGGGCGUUGCGAUUCCCGCUUCGUUCUACAGUACCGGCGAUAUUGAGAGCGUACGAAAUUCAUUGACGACUUUAUAUGGCAUUCAGGAACAAAACGGCCUGCUCCCGUUUUCUGGCCCGCCGCUUCUCGCCAAAAAUAGCGAUACUUAUCAUAUGUGGACUAUGAUCGGGACAUACAAUUACGUCCUCUAUUCCGGAGAUGUGGAUUUCAUUCGAGGGAUAUGGUCCAAAUAUCUCCUGGCGAUGAGUUUCAUUAGUAACCAGCUCGACUCGUCCUUGGGCCUGCUCAACAUCACGGGAUACAGUGACGACUGGGGCCGCUUCAACGUUACUAGUACCCAGGCCUCUGCGCAAGUGCUGUAUUACCGGGCACUGAUAACGGGCGGCGCCCUGGCUACUUGGGUUGGCGAUACGACCGGGGCGAAUUCGACCUGGCUCGAAGCCGCUGCGAAGCUUAGAGAUGUCAUAAACGUGCAGCUGUGGGACGAGAAGGCCGGGGUAUUUCAUGACAGUCUCGAGACGCGCGAUGCCAACGUAAAUUUACACCCGCAAGACGGCAAUGCCCUGGCGGUGCUUUUUGGGGUAGUGAGCACCGCAUCGGAUCGAGCGCAGGAUAUAUCAUCCUCGUUAACGAAAAACUGGACGCCGAUCGGAGCAGAGAGCCCGGAGUUGGCUGGCGAAGUGUCGACGUUUAUAUCUUCAUUCGAGAUCCAAGCGCACCUAUUGGCACGCCAGGCUCAACGGGCUCUGGAUUUGAUCCGCACUAGCUGGGGUUGGUAUCUGAACAACGAGAAUGGCACGCAGUCUACUAUGGUCGAGGGAUAUCUGGUCGAGGGGACUUGGGGUUACCGGCACGAUGCUGGGUACGAGGAGAAUUACUCGUAUACUUCUCAUUCGCACGGAUGGGCUACAGGUCCGGUUACAGCGUUGACCGAGUACAUCCUCGGGCUCAGCAUUACUGGUCUCGCGGGCUCGACUUGGCAAAUCGCGCCUCAGUUUGGGGAUCUGUCCCAUGCUGAAGGUGGCUUCACGACCAGCUUGGGGAAAUACUUCGCAAGCUGGACGGUAAAUAGCGACGGCAGUUAUAUGCUAGAAUAUAGCGUACCUAAGGGUACCUCUGGGGUGCUGUUGCUCCCGGCUCCCAAUGGGAAUGAGAGAUUCAAAGUGUUGGUUGAUGGAAAGGAGAUGCCAAAGCGUUUUGGUCAACCUGCCGAGACAAAGACAAAUGGCCCACUGCGCAUCCCUAAGAGGACGGGUGGCCAGCAUCGCAUCGAGGUUAGUUAA